CCCUAUUAUUCUAGAAAGAACAUAGGAAAAAUUUACUCUUUAUUACGGCUUACAAAAUGUCGAUUGCAAACACCCAGUCGACCACAAGAUGUCAGAUUUUCCUUGUUGACGUUUAACGGUCGUCUGAUCCUUGCAAUCCAAAUAGCGUUGCUCAUUCAGUUGCGCACGACACGUGCGCCACUUAGUUUAGGAUUGCGCAUGCGUAGUAAAAGAGGAAGGUGGCCUGGCCAUUUUGCUAUCAUGGCGGGAUCAAACUCCGAGGACGGGUCGGUCCAAGCUGAUUCACCAGGAUUCCCUCCUCCAAUGGAGGGUCUGCAGUUGAUCCAGCAGGGAGCCGAAGCCCGCCUCUAUCGGGGCCAAUUCUUAGGCAGGCCGACCGUGAUGAAACUCCGGUUCCCGAAACGUUACCGGCACCCAACGCUGGAUGAGAGGCUCAGCCACAAGCGAACGGCGCAAGAGGCCCGUUCGUUGCUACGCUGUCGACGAGCAGGGAUUUCUGCACCCGUUGUGUACUUUGUGGACUAUGUUGCUAACUGUAUAUAUCUUGAAGAUGUUGUAGGAUCAACUACUGUUCGGGACUAUAUAAUCUCCCAGCAGCAAUCUGGUGAAGGGAUCAGCAGUCUUAUUCAAUUAGCUGAAAAGAUAGGUGAGAUAUUGGCACGAAUGCAUGAUGAAGACCUCGUCCAUGGGGAUCUCACAACUUCUAACAUGCUUUUGCAACCACCAGAGGAGAAUCUAGAGUUGAUGUUAAUAGAUUUUGGACUAAGUUUUAUUUCUGGCCUUCCUGAGGAUAAGGGUGUUGAUUUAUAUGUUUUAGAGAAAGCCUUUUUGAGUACCCAUCCAAACACAGAAACUCUGUUUGAAGCACUUUUGAAGAAAUACUCAGCUGCAUCUAAAAAAUCAAUUCCGGUGAUUAAAAAGCUGGAUGAAGUACGAUUGAGGGGAAGAAAAAGAUCUAUGGUUGGAUAAAGAAUGCAGACAACACAGGGAGAAAAGGAAGAAGAAUAAUUUUAUAUGUGCUUUAAAUUUUUCCAUUUAUAUCUAAUAAUAAAAUUGAAUUUGGCCAUUUAAUUUCAUAUUUAUGUAGUAGAACUUUAUUACUAGGAUUUAUAUAAUGAUAGCGAAAAAUUCAACAACAGAAGUUGGUAUUUUC